AGGCACCACUCUCCCAUCUAAUGAAGCCUCCAUGCAUCUUGGCUAAAGGAUUCAGAUGUCGUGAUGUCUUACUUGUCUUCUUGCCUUCCUAAUUUUGGAGAAACAAAGAUGUGGUUGGGGACCACGGCCAAUAGAUUGCCAUUUUGAUUUAAGCCAUGUUACCCCACCCACCCACUAAAAAUCUCAUCCCUUUUCCUUGAACUUUUCCUCAUUGCUAUUAAGAACGAUCUAUCUCCAAUCCUUCGAAAGAAAGUCAGCGCCACCUGAUUGAAACUUUAUCUUUUUUUUUUUUUUCCUCUGGGCUUUCAGAUAUUAUUGCUGUGACUUCUUGCAAAAUAGAUGGUCAUGGAUCAACCUUUGCGCAGAUUAUAUCAGGUAAUGAAUGGAAUCAAACUCGAUAAAGCCUCCUCUACAAUUUUGUUGGGUCAGAAUUUUACGGAUGGGUUCAAAUUGCAGGGGCCAUAUUUAGAUAAAAAUGAUGUAGAUGUUCCACCAUGGCUGCCUGAUACGAGCUCUGGUAAUUCACCCUCAUGGUCAAGUGCGGGUGUGGAGGAAAACCUACAUGAGGACUGUGAUUUUAACGAUGUGGCUCUUAAGUACAUAAGCCAGAUACUUAUGGAGGAAGACAUGGAAGAGAAGACUUGCAUGCUUCAGGAGUCUUUGGCGCUUGAAGCUACUGAGAAAUCGUUCUACAACGUUAUUGGAGAGAAUUACCCUCCUUCAAUUGAUCAUCAUCGCGCCUCUUCCAUUGAUGAAAUUCAUGAAGACCAAUAUGAAAAUAAUUGUAGUAGUUUUGGUGGUGAUAAUUUGGUGGAACCUGGGUGGAAUUGGGAUGUUGGAGAGUAUAGAUACCCUCAUAUGGCUUCUCAAUCCACUUCUUCUUCUUUCAGAUCUUCAAAUAGUGCCGAUAGUAAAGUAGAUGGUUUUGUGGAUGAGCCCACGAGUAUCCUAGAGAUUCCCAAUAUAUUCAGUGGUAGUGAGUCUAGUUCACAGUUCAGGAGGGGGGCUGAGGAAGCUAGGAAAUUCCUCCCAAAUGGUAAUGGCUUGUUUGUCGGUGUGGUAAAUAACCUUUCUGGGUUGUUAGUUGGUGAAGUGAAGCAAGGUCAUGAGGAUAUGGGAUUCAAGGUGGAGAAGAAGCAUCCAAAUGAGCACUUUGCAGAGGGGUCAAGGGGAAAGAAGAAUUCUCAUCCUGAGGAUUUGGAUGCAGAGGAGGAUAGGAACACCAAGCUGUCUGCCAUUUUUGAUGAAUUGACAGUCAGAUCAGAAAUGUUGGAUCAGGUUUUGCUAUGUGAUGCAGUGAAAAGUGAAGCCGCUCUUCGCGAAUCCUUGAAAAAUGAAGCAAGCAAGACUCUGCAGCAGCAGGAGUGUCAAUCAAAAAGAUCCAAUUCGGGAAAAUCCCGUGGUAGGAAAAAGGGUGGAAAAAAGGGUGUGGUGGAUUUGAGCAAUCUGUUGACUCUAUGUGCACAAGCUGUUGCUGCUGGUAAUCAGAGGAGUGCCAAUGAUCAAUUGAAGCUGAUCAGACAGCAUGCUUCUCCUAUGGGUGAUGGGAUGCAGAGAAUGGCAUAUUAUUUUGUCAAUGGCCUUGAGGCACGCUUGAGAGGCUCUGGAACUGAGUUUUACAAAGGUGUCUUAACUAGGGGAACAUCAGCUGCCAAUAUCUUGAAAGCUUACCACCUAUUUCUUGCCAUAUGCCCCUUUAAGAAGCUUCUUAAUUUCUUCUCAAAUACCACCAUUAGAAAAUUAGCUGAGAAAGCAGAGUCUCUCCAUAUCAUAGAUUUUGGUAUUCUCUAUGGUUUCCAAUGGCCUUCCCUCAUACAAUGUCUCUCAUCUAGGCCUGGUGGACCUCCCAAGCUUCGAAUUACUGGGAUUGAUCUUCCAAAACCAGGUUUCCGACCAGCAGAAAGAGUUCAAGAGACAGGGCGUCGGUUGGCAAACUAUGCAAAGAGUUUCAAUGUUCCAUUUGAGUUCAAUGCCAUAGCCCAAAAGUGGGAAACAAUUCAGGUUGAGGAUCUCAAGAUUGAUACUGAGGAUGUGCUUGUUGUGAACUGUCAUUGUAGAUUUAGAAACCUAUUGGAUGAAACCGUGACGGUGGAGAGCCCAAGGGAUACUGUCCUCAAUCUGAUCAGGAAGCUGAAUCCAGUUGUUUUCAUACAAGGGAUUGUGAAUGGGGGCUAUGGCGCCCCCUUCUUCAGGACACGAUUCCGCGAAGCUCUCUUCCACUAUUCUGCCUUGUUUGAUAUGCUUGAGCAUAUCGUGCCCCGCGAGAGAUUGGAGAGGACAGUGAUUGAGAAAGAGUUCUUUGGGUGGGAGGCAAUGAAUGUCAUCGCAUGCGAGGGCUCAGAAAGGAUCGAGAGGCCAGAGAGUUACAGGCAGUGUCAGUUUCGCAACAUGAGAGCUGGGUUUAUGCAGCUUCCUCUGGACGAGGAGAUUGUUAACAAAGCAAAGGAGAAGCUGAAGUUGUGCUAUCACAAGGACUUUAUACUUUACGAAGACGGCCCGUGGUUGCUACAAGGGUGGAAGGGAAGAAUGCUUUUUGCAAUCUCUUCUUGGAAGCCUGCUUAAUCAUUUCCAUAUUCAAUAUUCCUGAUGAAUGGUCAAGUUCAGGGGGCCAAGGUACUGACUUCUCUCCAUUCACAACAUUAACUCUCCCUCACAAACAAAUUUUGGCAUCUACUAUAUUGAGAAAGCACUUCCGGCAUCUCAUGAGAUAAGGAGACCAACUGUUCUUGUGUACAACUGCAACUGGGAGUCUGAGAAUAGAGCAAGGAUAGUUAAUGAAAAUGGUUGGUUCACACAGCAAGAGUCUUCCCUCGGCAAAUAAGGAGACAGCCCAGGGCCAAGGAAUCGGAACGCCAUAAUCACAGGGCCUCCCUAAAAGAUAUGCAAUUUGAAUAGUUAUCUAAUUGUUAUGAUGUAUGCAAAUAAGGAGACAGCCUAUGCUUAUUUUUUAUUUUUAUAUUUAUUUAAACUUUUAGUUUUCUACUCA